AUGUAUUCAUUCUGCUACAUCCGCAACAGCUGCUCCAACCACAACAGUCGUUUCAACAGCGACUCCAUCAGCAACAGCUGCUUCAACCACAACAGUCGCUUCAACCGCAACAGUUGCUUCAACCAUGACAGCGACCCCAUCCGCAACAGCUGCUUCAACCACAACAGUUGCUUCAACCACAACAGCGACCCCAUCCACCACAGCUGCUUCAACCACAAUAGUUGCUUCAACCGCAACAGCUGCUCCAACCACAACAGUCGUUUCAACAGCGACUCCAUCCGCAACAACUGCUUCAACCACCACAGUCGCUUCAACCGCAACAGUUGCUUCAACCAUGACAGCGACCCCAUCCGCAGCAGCUGCUUCAACCACAACAGCUGCUUCAACCACAAUAGUUGCUUCAACCGCAACAGCUGCUCCAACCACAACAGUCGUUUCAACAGCGACUCCAUCCGCAACAACUGCUUCAACCACCACAGUCGCUUCAACCGCAACAGUUGCUUCAACCACAACAGCGACACAAUCCACAACAGCUGCUUCAACCACAACAGCUGCUUCAACCACAACAGCUGCUUCAACCACAACAGCUGCUUCAACCACAACAGCGACUCCAUCCACAACAGCUGCUUCAACCACAACAGUUGCUUCAACCACAACAGCAACUCCAUCCGCAACAGCUGCUUCAACCACCACAGCUGCUUCAACCGCAACAGUUACUUCAACCACAACAGCGACCCCAUCCGCAACAGCUGUUUCAACCGCAACAGCAACUCCAUCCACAACAGCUACUUCAACCACAACAUUUGCUUCAACCACAACAGCUGCUUCAACCGCAACAGCUGCUCCAACCACAUCAGCUGCUUCAACCACCACAGGUGCUUCAACCACAACAGCUGCUUCAACUGCAACAGCUGCUUCAACCACAACAGCUGCUUCAACCACAACAGUUGCUUCAACCGCAACAGCUGCUCCAACCACAUCAGCUGCUUCAACCACCACAGGUGCUUCAACCACAACAGCUGCUUCAACCACAACAGCGACCCCAUCCGCAACAGCUGCUUCAACCGCAACAGCUGCUUCAACCACCACAGGUGCUUCAACCACAACAGCUGCUUCAACCGCAACAGUUGCUUCAACCACAACAGAUGCUUCAACCGCAACAGUUGCUUCAACCGCAACAGCUGCUCCAACCACAUCAGCUGCUUCAACCACCACAGCUGCUUCAACCACAACAGCUGCUUCAACCACAACAGCGACCCCAUCCACAACAGCUGCUUCAACCGCAACAGCUGCUUCAACCACAACAGCAACUCCAACCAGUACAGCUGCUUCAACCGCAACAGCUGCUUCAACCGCAACAGCAACUCCAUCCACAACAGCUACUUCAACCACAACAUUUGCUUCAACCACAACAGCGACCCCAUCCGCAACAGCUGCUUCAACCGCAACAGCUGCUUCAACCACAACAGCUGCUUCAACCACAACAGCUGCUUCAACCACAACAGCUGCUUCAACCACAACAGCUGCUUCAACUGCAACAGUUGCUUCAACCGCAACAGCUGCUCCAACCACAUCAGCUGCUUCAACCACAACAGCUGCUUCAACUGCAACAGUUGCUUCAUCCGCAACAGCUGCUUCAACCACAACAGCAACUCCAUCCACAACAACUGCUUCACACAACAGUUGCUUCAACCACAACAGCAACUCCAUCCGCAACAGCUGCUUCAACCACAACAGUAACUCCAUCCACAACAGCUGCUUCAACCACAACAGCAGCUUCAACCACAACUACUACUGCUCCAACUUCAACCACAACCAGAGCAGCUCCAACUACAACCACAGCAGCCCCAUUUGUACCAAGUACAUCUACAACUGAGCCUCCUGCUCCGGUGUAUGCUCUUGUAGCAACCAUCAUUGAACCAUUUGAUGAACAACUCACUAACAAAUCCAGCGAAUUGUUUGUAGAUCUUGAGAAAAGAGUCACAGCAACAUAUGACAUAAUCUACAAAAAGAAGUUUGGA